AUACUAAAAAAACUUUACUCAUGAUAAACAAGAUUUUUGUUUAAAAAAAAUUAAGUGUGGUGAAGAGGGAUCGGCAACGACGCUUUAUCUCAAAAACACCAUUCAUCCGCCGACACACUUAAACAACGAGAUAUUGGGUAACAGAAUUAAAUGCGGAACAGGACAUGACCCAUUUAGACGUAGCAUUCGAUAUGAAAAAAAAAAAUUCGACACUACUUCCAUAGGCAAAUCCAGUACUGUAGCAGGGAACAAGAACUUUUGAUCCAAGAAAUUUUACUUCAUCGGUUUUUCAAAAUUCAAAGAAAAUUGUUACAGAAUGCACUCGGUUGUUUCCUUCGCGGUACAUGUAUGCGUCUACAUCCUUGCUAUAAAGACCUCGUUAUCCCAGCUUCCUUACAACCAACCCAUGACAGUACAGGGUUUCUCACAGCAGCUAAUCCAGCUGCAAGGUGCUCUGAUACAGCUUCAGGGAAGCGCUGCAGAUCAUGGAAAAAACAUCGCCCAACUCGGACAGGCCUUAUCGGCCGUCAAGGAAACAACGGGUGUGGCGACCACGAAUUUAAGGUCUCGCCAGGACACGAAUGAAGUCAGGCUGGACACUUUGCAGCAAAAUUUGACAGAGGUUUCAACUUUGCUGCGAAUACAGUACGAGAAAUUGUCAGAAAUCUCGAGCAAGGUGGAGCAGCUUCAGAGGGCGAUACUGGGCGAUGACUCAGAGCGGGCUAACCUGUCUGCCAUUGUCAGAAAGCUGCAAAGUGACAUGCGCAAUUUGCCGUCACGAGCUAGUUUUGUCAACACCGGUUUCUCCAACUCUUGGUACCGUCUUGUCAAUGAAGCUAAAACCUGGAAUGAAGCGGAGAGAUACUGUCAGGAACUACAUCCAAACGGUCACCUGGCCAUGGUGACAUCCGCCAAAGAAAAUAGUUUCAUUGAAGCUUUGCUAAAGAACCGAGUUUCUGGUAGCCGGCCAAUGGCCUAUCUUGGAGGUCACGACAUUGCAGCCGAGGGCCAGUGGAAAUGGCAGAACGGUCAGAGCAUGUCGUACACCAACUGGGCCCCAAACGAGCCAAACAACUCUGGUUCUAGGGAAGACUGUGCGGAAUUUGUACCCGCAACAGGAAAGUGGAACGAUAUCCGGUGUACGCAGAAGCAGUCGUUCUUGUGUCAGGUGAUUUACCCCGAGUGACUCUUGGCGCCAUCUGACGUCAAUCGUGAUG